UCUCAAUCCAGGCAAGAGAUGCAGACUUUAGGGGUCCACGUCAGCAUGGUUGAACCUGGUUUUUUUUCAACACAUAUCUACGAUUUUCUGGAGGAGUCCUUGCAGAGAAUAUGGCACCAGCUGGCCCCAGACAUUCAAGAAAGUUAUGGGCAGAAGUUAUUGAAAAUGUAUUGCAAAACAAUGCAAUUUCUCAAGAGGACUAGUGGGAAGAACCUCCGUUUGGUGACAGACUGCAUAGAGCAUGCCUUAAUGUCCCACCAUCCUCGUGCUCGUUACUCAGCUGGCUGGGAUGCAAAGCUGCUCUUCCUGCCUGCCUCUUAUUUGCCAAGCUGGGUGGUGGACUGG